AUGGAAAAAAAGAAAGCAUUUAUUCCUUUUCUAUAUCUUGUAUCUAUAGUAUUUUUACCCUGGUGGAUCUAUCUAUCAUUUCAAAAAAGUCUGGAAUCUUGGGUUACUACUUGGUGGAAUACUAAGCAAUCUGAAACUUUUUUGAAUGAUAUUCAAGAAAAAAAUCUUCGCGAAAAAUGGAUCGAAUUCGAGGAGCUCCGCUUGUUGGACGAAAUGAUAAAGGAAUGUCCGGAAACACAUCUACAAAAGCUUCGUAUAGGAAUCCACAAUGAAACGAUUCAAUUGAUCAAGACGUACAAUGAAGAUUGUAUCCAUAUGAUUUUGCACUUCUCCACAAAUUUAAUCUGUUUCCUUAUUCUAGGUGGUUAUUCCAUUCUGGCAAAUAAAGAACUUAUUCUUCUUAAUUCUUGGGUUCAGGAAUUCCUAUAUAACUUAAGCGACACAAUAAAAGCUUUUUCCAUUCUUUUAGUAACCGAUUUAUGUAUCGGAUUUCAUUCACCCCAAGGUUGGGAACUACUGAUUAGCUCUAUCUACAAAGAUUUUGGAUUUGCCCAUAACGAUCAAAUUAUAUCGAGUCUUGUUUCCACUUUUCCAGUCAUUCUAGAUACAUUUUUAAAAUAUUGGAUUUUCCGUUCUUUAAAUCGCGUAUCCCCAUCACUUGUAGUGAUUUAUCAUUCAAUGAAUGACUGA